AUGGUGUAUGUUUCGGUAGUAAAACGCCCACGGUACCUCUGUGGACCAUUGCAAGCCGUUGGUGGCGUCUGGACAGCAUCUCUCUUCUUUAGUCUCCUGUGUCGUUGUGCGGAGCACGAGCUCCAACAGCAGCCGGAAACUCCCGACCCCGGCAUAUACAGCGUUUCUGCGUCUCAGGCGCUCCGCAGGGUGAAGGCUAGCGUGACAUCGUCUUCAGGAUACACACCAGCGCAGCAAAGCGAUGAUGCCUCCUCCAUGUUGGAAAAGGGGAGUGACAACGAAAGGGGAGGCUUAGAAACAAGAGCGCUCCAGCGGUCGAGCGUUGAUAUUCUUGAUGCGAGUAGAUCUGCCAGAUCAGGCGCCCGUCAGGUUGGCAGGGGCGUCCCUUCACGAUUGGAGAACAACGGAGCAAAAACGGCUUCUCCCGAGCGAACAAUCAACCCUGGACAAGAGCAUAACCUCGCCGCGGACGUGCAUAGGAAAAAGCUCGAAGGGAACUCCAGGCUGCGCGAGUUGGUGGGGGGUUAUUACCCAUGGGGAAUGACUGCUGCUGCCUAUGGAGCAUACCUUAACUGGUACAGGGCGGCCUACUUGCCGUGGUAUUAUGCAACAUACGGCGCCGCCGUAGCUCCACCGGUAGUCACUUCCCCGGCGGUGUACGCGGCUUAUCCGGCAAUAGCAGCACCCGUGGCUACUGCGGCGGCUGUUCCAGUCCAAGCGGCCGUUCCGGUCGCGCAGCAGACAAUCGUUCCAGUCGCUCGAGCGGAGGCGGUCCCGGUCAUGAAUCGAGCAGCUGCUGCUGUUGCUGAGCCUGUCUCUGGGUUCGUCCAGAGGACAGCCGUUCCGGUUCUGCAGCAAACAGCCAUUCCGGCCGCUACGGCAACUCCAGUGACAGGGUAUGCCACGAUGCCUGUGGCGCAGGUCGCUUCUAACGAAGCGGCGCUGACCCCCGCAGCUGUUGCGACGCCUGCGGUGUCGGUCGCCCCAACAGAAGCCUUGCUGAGUCUGGAUGAUAGAGCAUACCCAGGCGACGUUCGGCAAACAGUGGUAGGAGCACCCGUUACACUGCUGACAGCGCCUUACGCGAAUGGUUACGGGAACACGAGAGCAGGUCGCGGCGCCUCCCGGACGAGCGGGGGUGUCGGAGGUCUAGGCGUGUCGAAUUUCGCUGCUUUCUUAGCACGCCCCGAUGGAACACUCGCAGCCAUUGGCGGGAAUGGUGUCUGA